AUGGCUUUCCUCAGGUCUCUCGUCGUUGAUGGCGUGAAAAAGCGCUACAGUCCCGGCAAUAUCAUCACCACCAUUAUCGAAUGCUGCUUUCGAUUCUUUCAAUUUGUCUUCGCCAUCGCUGUCAUCGGCUUAUACGCCCAGGAUGUUGAACGCGCAAGAAAAGCGGGCAUUUCCAUGAGUCCUCUCUCAAAAUGGAUCUACGCCACCGUCAUCGGCUCCAUCUCCUCCAUCGCCGCCAUCCUCUACCUACUCCUCCCGUGCGCCAUCCAGCGGCCGCUGUCCAGCUUCCGCAUGCUCCAACUACCAUGCUUCGCCUUCGACUCGCUCCUGUCCGUCCUGUGGCUCGUGCUCUUCGGCAUCUUCGCCAAACUCUACAUCAAGGUCGACUACAAGGACGACGCGGGCCUGCGCCGCAUGCACCAUGCCGUCUGGGUGGAUCUCACCAAUCUGUGCUUCUGGCUGGCCACCACGAUGUGGUGCGGCCUGCGGUGGUGGCGCGGUGACCGCGCGGCGAAGCAGCAAGGGAAGAAUGCCGAGUUUGCGGCCGAAGAGGGCCAGAUGCAGCAGAUUCGCUGA